UUCGGAUUGUGACUUCGAUCAAUAUCCUAACUGUCACUUCUCCUCUUUGGAGGUUAGAUUUUUACGAAUAAAUACAAUUUUACAAAAAUGACCACUUUAAGGCCCUUUACUUGCGACGAUAUGUACAAAUUUAACAAUGUAAAUUUAGACCCUUUGACUGAAACUUAUGGAUUAUCUUUUUAUAUGCGUUAUUUGGCGCAUUGGCCGGAAUAUUUUCAAGUUGCGGAGUCUCCAAGUGGUGAAAUAAUGGGCUACAUAAUGGGGAAAGCCGAAGGCAUUGGGGAGAACUGGCAUGGUCAUGUCACAGCCCUGACAGUCUCUCCUGAUUUCAGACGAUUAGGCUUAGCGGCCACUUUAAUGAAUUUCUUAGAGGAUAUUUCAGAAAAAAAACGCGCGUAUUUUGUUGACCUUUUUGUGAGAGUCAGUAAUAAGGUGGCAAUUAAUAUGUACACAAACUUGGGAUAUAUUAUAUACAGAACUGUUUUGGAAUAUUAUUCUGGUGACCCUGACGAAGAUGCUUAUGAUAUGAGGAAGGCUCUUUCAAGAGAUGUGAAUCAAAAGUCUGUGAUACCAUUAACACAUCCUGUGAGGCCUGAAGAUGUGGAUUAGUAAACCUUUAGUUUUUAUUCUGAUUAAUGAACGAAUAUUUUUAACAAAUAUGCAAGGAAAUUUGCAAUGUUAUGAAUAAAUAUUUAAUUGUGAAAUAAA